CCCCAGCUGUCGGGGCUGGCGCUGAAGGUGGGGAUCCUGUACUACGGGGGGCGGCUGGUCACCGCCGGAGCCGUGAGCACCGGGGACCUGGUCACCUUCGUCCUCUACGAGAUGCAAUUCACCACGGCCGUGGAGGUGCUGCUCUCCGUCUACCCCAGCGUGCAGAAGGCUGUGGGCUCCUCGGAGAAGAUCUUUGAGUACAUGGAGCGGACGCCCCGGAUCAGCCCCCCCGGUACGCUGGCCCCCCCGGCCCUGCGCGGGCACCUCCAGGUGCAGGACGUCUGGUUCUCCUACCCCGGCCGGGACGACACCCCUGUGCUCAAGGGGGUGUCUCUGGAGCUGCGCCCCGGGGAGGUGACGGCGCUGGUGGGCCCGUCGGGCGCGGGGAAGACGGCGCUGGUGGCCCUGCUGGAGCGUUUCUACGAGCCCCAGCGCGGGCGCCUGCUGCUGGACGGGCGGGACCUGCGGGAGUACGAGCAUCGUUAUCUGCACAGCAAGGUGGCGCUGGUGAGCCAGAAGCCGGUGCUGUUCGCCCGCUCGCUGCACGAGAACAUCGCCUACGGGCUGGGGGGGCGCAGCCGGCAGGAGGUGAUGGGGGCUGCCCGGCGCGCCAACGCCCACGGCUUCAUCGCCCGGCUCAGCCACGGCUACGACACAGACGUCGGGGAGAUGGGGGGGCAGAUCUCGGGGGGGCAGAGGCAGGGAGUAGCCAUCGCCCGAGCCCUGCUCCGAGACCCCCGAGUGCUGAUCCUGGACGACACCACCAGCGCCCUGGACACGGAGAGUCAGCUGUGGGUGGAGAAGGAGAUUUAUGAGGGCGCCCGGGCCGGGCGCUCGGUGCUGCUCAUCGCCCAUCGCCUGAGUGCCGUGGAGCGAGCCGACCGCAUCCUGGUGCUGGAGGACGGGGAGAUCCGGGAGCAGGGCACCCACCGGGAGCUGCUGGCGCGCCGGGGCACUUACUGGCGCCUGGCGCAGAAACAGCUCAACGGGGACGCGGGGGGCAGCUCCGAGGAGGGGCUGGGGGCCGGAGGGCCGUGA